GAGAAGAGGAGACGCGAACGGCUCUGCGGGACGCAUGGUUUGAUUAUUCACAGACAGGCGCGAUGCUUUCCGAGCGAAGCCGAUGGCCAAUGGUCUCCUAGCCGACAUCAGCCGAACCCUUCCCGAUCAUCCCGAUCUGUAACGCCGCAAAAGUCCCUUUCUUUGGCGGGUUGGGAGCGAAGCGGGAGGAAUCUAAGAGGUGGGGAAGAAAAAAUCACCAUGUUUUGAUCAUCAACGCUAUUUCCUCGGACCUUCCCCGCUGGCACUGCAGAUCUCGGGUUCUUCACAUGCAUCGGUCACGACGUCUCUCACGAAAUCCAGUCAAAAUGGAAUCAAUAUGCAUUGCUGUUCUCUGCGCUCUCCUGUGUUCAGCUUGGUCUGCAACUAUAAAAGCAAAAGAUGACCAUCGUACUGCCUUUUUUGGGGAGGAUAUUCAUAUCCCUUUGCCAACACUGAACACUACGGAGGUGGUGUUUAAACCUCGAUUGAACCCACUUUCUGAGAUAGAUUUCUUCCGGAAUGGGCAAAUACUGAAUGCCAGAGCCAAGCUUAACAAAGACAUCUGCCAUUUAGUUCUGGAGGAUGUGGGUGAAGAGGAUGAGGGUACAUAUGUAGUGAGAAACUCUGCAGCACCAGCUGACGUCAGACGCAUCAUCCUGUUAGUUAGAGAUUGCGCCUUGGAGACAACCGUGAAGUAUGGUGAGACAUAUCAUAUCACAAUUAAUGACAUUAUUGGGCCUUACACCCUGGAGUUCAGAUCAAGUCACAUUAACCAGACAGUCGAGCCACCAGCUUUGGUUCUUCUCAACCAGAGCACCAUCCCCAUAGAGGGGUACAGGAACCGCCUCAGUGCAAAUGAGAAGAAGAUUAACCUCCAUUUGGUGACCGGAGCAGAUGAGGGUAGUUACACUGUACUGGACAGUGAUGGAAAAGUCAGAAAGAGGACCUGUCUGAAUGUUAAAGAGCACCAGAUUUUCAUGCGCUUGCAGUAUGAUGCAACUCUGAAGACCAAGCUAUACAUAAACCACACCAAGGUCAAUAUAAUCUACACUCCAGACUCUGACCACAAGGACCGGAUCAUUCUUGAUCAGGGUGAGCUGGUGAUGCCUUUGGACCCCUUGCUGGAUGGAAGAGUGUCCGUAGAGGGUUCCAUGUUUUACCUGAAGAAGGUCAAAGUCAGUGACAUGGGCGUUUUCAGAGUGACUGACUUGACAGGUUUCCGCAUAGCUGAUGUCUAUGUGAAUGUGGAGCCCUACAAGCUGCCUCAGUUAUAUGUGGUGAUCCUCUCUUUGGUGGGUCUGCUGGUUUUCCUGCUGUUGGUGUGUCUGCUCUCCUGUCAGAUCAAGGUUCGGCGUCGGGCAACAAGAGCCCGUAAGAUUGCCCUCAUUGCUCAGCAGGCUGGCAAGGGUGGUGGAGAAGCCUUCAGACAGGUGGUUCAUGAGGCCUAUACCAGAUUCGCAGAGGAGUCCACUAUGCAGUCUAUAUUGGAGAACAACACUGAGAGCACAGAGGUUGAGAUCAAGGGACUUGAAGUGUCCAAACCAGGACGUUACCACACUAUUCCUUCAGAAAAGACCUUCCUGGAGAGUGACUCAGGUGCUGAAUAUAACUCCUUUGCACUCCCUUUGGACAGUGAUACUGACGCGCCUCAGACCUGUGUUCCCCACAAGCUGCUCAUUGACUCCGACAUCCUCGCCACCUCCCCCCUGGCCAUAUCCAAGGGCAGCCACAGUGCUACCCGCACCCCUGAUUCUGUUCUGAGUGCCAGCCCAGCUUCUCAGCCCAGGUCUGAAGCCUAUGCAGAUGCCGACUUGAUGGGAGCCACCACCCCUGAAACAAUCCCUAAAGCCCAUGAGCUAGAUGUCGUGCUACCUUCAGCCCCUGCAACCAGCCCAGUGCCAGAAACAAAACAGGAUGCCCCACUGCUCACUGAUAAAGCGGCCAAAUUGGAUCAAAGCAAUGGUCCAGAUGGUUCCACAACCUGAGAGUCUGUUCUCUGGCUAAAAGAAAUGCUCAGAAUUUUGACCUUCACUAACCAGUGUGAGCCUGACUGUGUCCUUCCCCUCCCAUGCCACCAGAUUUAGAACAAACCGCUGCUUACAUUGCUAAGGCUUCUCAGUAACACUUCCUAUGCAUGGAGUCAUCUGAUUUUUCACAAUGCUUUGACAUAGAUUAGCAUUAAAGCCUAACCCUAGAACAAUAAGUUUUAGAGAAAAUAUUUGCUCCAGAAGGAGACAUGCUGAAGUAACGUUAAGAACUUUUUAGAACAUGGAUCAUGUGAUCCUGCACAAUGCAUGCAUUUAAAAUAGCCCAAGAUUUUUGAUGGUUAGCAGUCAAAUACUAGUGUGAAAUGACAGUGACAGUGCAUGUUAGGCUGUCUGGAAAAACAGUCACACACUCAAAAGGAGAAUAUUUUUCCUUAUCUUUAUCUUUUCCUUAUGCCAUGGAGUUGAACUGUGAACCUUGAUGUUAAACUUUAAAGUGAAACAGUUCUAUGUUUUGUCACAAAACUCUAUAAAACUAGAACAGCACUCUAGAGCACUUCCAUGCUCUGGAAAAGGUAACCACAAUAUUGAAUAUUUUCCUGUCCCAUUUGCUAUUGACAUUACUACUUCAAUGCAAAAAAAUUGGUAUCUGUGCAGGUUAAAUUGGUGAGAUUGUUUUCUAUUUUGAGAUGGUUUUUAGUACUAUAGGACUCUUUAACUUGUUUUUAGACAUCUUACCUCUUAUAAGUGAUUUCUUCAAAGAAAUUGUCUCGUUAUAUUGGCAGAUAAAUUUCAGCAUUGUUUUGUUAAACUAGUAAAAUUAUGUCAAUAAACAGACAAUUUCACUAGAUAAAAUUACUAACAGUAAAAAUGUCUAAAUAGCUAGAAAUGUCUAUUCUUACAGCAAUCUCAAAAUGAGAAAUAUUAAGAUACAUUGACUGAAGUUUAGUAUUUUCACUUGCCAAUAUAUUUUUUGCAGUGCUUAGUUUGCUUACAUUAUCUAUACAUCAGUUGAUCUUACACAGAUAAAAGUAUUCUACAACGAAUGCCUAAAAGUCAAAGAAACAAAAGUACUUAUUCAUUUUAAAAAGAUGACACAUAGUUUAGUAACUUGAGAAGCAGUAAUUGAAGUUUUGACUCUCAAUCUGUGAUUACAGUGUCUGUAUUAUGCAAACAUUGCACAUCAUAGAGCUUUGUGUUAAAAUAUAUUUAUCGAUUUAAGAUCUCUUCGUUGGUGCCACUCUGAAGAAGGGAUCACCAAUCUUCCUCACAAAGUGCCAGUUUGGCAGCAGGCUUUCAUCCUAAAUCAAGCAGAAAGAUGUUUCUUUUUUUUUUAUCAGUUGGUCUCAGUCGUCAAACAACUGAGUAGUUACAUGAAGUGUACUGACUGCUUGGUUUGAAUGAAAAAUUGCUGAUGUACCAGCCCUCUGUGGAUAGGAUUGGUGACCCCUGCUCUGAUGGAAUAGAAGUUGGCCCCCAAAGCAUUACAAUAUUAUUUUAAAACAGCUACACAACCUCUCAGUACUAGAAAAGACCUUCACCAAUGUCUUUGUAGUUUUAUUGGUUGUUGCUUAUAGCAAAAAAGAGCCCCAGAGAACAGGACUGUGGAGUCUCUGUUUUGGCCUACCUACUGAAGGGCAGCUACAGAGAAAACAGGAGGAAUCUGGCACAUUCUAACUGUUUGAAUCUCUCAUCUGUGCACUAUGCAUAUCUCCACGGUCUAGGAUUUUGCUUCAAAUUAUUUUUUUUCAUCGUCAUCUUAUUGCUCCUUUCAUGUCCUGCAUUUAAAAGUGGAGAUACUGGAAGAACAUCUGAAUAUUUCAAAUUCACAACCACAGCUGAAGUGCUUCUCAUGUUAUGAUAAAACUUGUGCUGGAUCCUUCAAUUAGAACCUAAGAGACAUGACCUGUAUGAUAAGGACAGUUUUCAACACAUGUUGUGCAUUGCUCUAGCAUGUGAAAGUUGGCAUCAAGAAGAGGAUAAAGAGGUUCUUUAUUUGAGGUACACUUUUGUACAGAGAUGAAGAUGCAUAGUUUAUCUGUCUUACAGAGUUUGGUGCUCUGUUCUGAUUAUAAAAUGCAUAUGACUGAUAAGACUCUUUGGGGACAAGGCAAAAAACAAGGACAGCUGGGUUUCUAAAAUGUUUGCACUCUUACUUUGUUAUCAAGUAUUAUUCUAAAUAAUGACAGAGAAAGAAGCAUGUCCUGUUAUUUAAAAAAGUUGAAGUAAGUCAGAUAGGAAACUGAUUCUAGGGUUACCUUGCCCUUUGCUCAGUGAUAUACCUUUUAAUCUUAUUUCCUACAACUAGUAAAUGAGAUGUUAUAUCAGAAUCAGAAUCAGUACACUUUAUUGAGCCCAGGGAAAUUAUAAUAGUUAGCCAAGCUUGAUGUUAUCUGCUGCAUUUGUUGUGACUAUCACUGAACAGUGGAAGAGUGCCUACAACCCUUCAUUGAUCAGUUAUAAAAUAUGUUUGCUGUUUUAGUUUGAGCUGGACCUAAACUGAACUAAAGUUUUUUCAGCCACCUAUACUAACAGCCAUUUCAUACAAGUGAACAUACAAUACGCCUCAGUGAAGUUAUGUAACUGACAUAGAAAAAACUGGCAUCUAAAGUACAUUUUAAAUGUUGUCCAACUUAAAUUCUUUGAAUUCCAAUUUUUUGGUCAUGUCUUAGUGGUGGAUGGUCUUGUCUUCAACUGGAAUAGCAAACAAUUUGUUAAAUCGUCAUUGGCUUUAGCUGCAACUGUUGCCAAAGACAGAGCAGAACAGUAUUCAGUAUUAUUUAUUCAGUAUUCAGUAUAUACAACUGAUGGCCAGUGGAAAAAAGUAGUUUUAUAGUGCCACAGGUUCCAAUACUUUGAGCAGUGGAAAACACUGAAACGGUCCUUUGAGCAGUGCCACAGAGGAACAACUUUUCCUAUUCUGUAUCAAUUUCAGGGUUCUUCUCUUCAUAGAACUUUUACAUCGUAUGGUGGGUCUUAAAACUUAAAAAAAAUGUUAUUUAUUGAACAAACCGUGGUUCUUCUAUGACAUCACACAAAAACCCUUUUUGGCCCCCUUAAUUUUAAGGGUGUAAUCUUUAGCAACAUUUUUUGGCUCUUGUUCAGAUCUUAUUUAGGUUAAAUACAAAAUCAGACUGAUGCUACUCGAUUCCCUCACAGGUCAGUGCUCUUUGUGUCAUCCAGGUGGCUAAGCCUGUUGGGAAAAUUGCUACCUCACAUUUCAUUUGAUGUCUGCAGGGAUGUGAGGGAAGCAUGGUAGUGUAGAGUCAAAGAAAAGCACAAUAAUGCUGGCAAUAGUCUUUUAAACUGCAGUUAAUGUACAAAUAAUGAUCUGCAAAAAAAACAACUAAAAAGCAGGAAUCAAAGAGUUUGUUUAGACCUGCUUAGGUCACUCAGAAUUAUCUUAGAAAGACAGGGUAUGUUUAGUUGACACUGAGUAAAUGUCUAAAAGGUACAAUUUGAUGUUUGAAUUUGUUCAUUGACAGCAUUGUGAGGUGUUAUAGAGUCACUAUAAUGCAUUGUUGUGUCAUUACAUAACAAUAUAUGUAGGUGUUGCAACAGAGAUAGUUCAAGCAUUGUGUAAAAAGAUUGGCUAUCCUUGUCCAAAGUCAAACACGUGUGGUGUAGAUAUAUAUUAACAUAAGAAACCUUUUCAGUUAUGCUGGCUGAACGAGAAAUAACAAGGCUGUAGAAAGCAAUAUCAGUGCUCAGGCACUCGACGCACACACACACACACAGCACAGGACAGAUGCAAAUGUCAGAUUUACACACAAAAGAACCCAAACAAUUUUAAAGAAAGGUUCACUGACUCCUGUACAUACAUAUAUUGCAUGUAUAUAGAAAACACUUUUUUCUAAACCAAUAUUUUUUGAUCCUUUGACUGCUGCAUUCUUGUUGCUUCUGUUCUAUUAAUGAAAUAAGAAACACCACAAUAACUUUAUUUUAAUCCAGCGUUCAUUUUGAUCUGUCUUUUUUUUUCUAACAAGUAUUGUCUUUCUUGUCUUGGAAACGUUUAACUUUUAUUGCUGCACUUGAGAAUGUUGUGUUUCGUUUUAUUGAAAAGAAAUGCUGCACCAAGUCAAACUGCUCAUGCUUAUCUUAUAUCACAUUCUCACUCUUCCCUUAGAGCUGCUGCCAUAGAUCUUCAAUGUAUGCAGUUAAAAUAGUUAUUUAAGCAUGCUGGCAUAUAGAUGGCUUGUCUGACAGAAGAAUCCACAUAUGCAUUUGGUCUUACUCUGACUUCAGACUUUAUAACAGAUGGUGUAUUCUUAAAGUCAAUGUAACUUUGGCACGGAGUGUGAAAAACAUUCACUGAAAAAUCACAAAAGAUGAGACAUCAUGACUCAUCAUGUCCAGCAGUGAAGAUUCGACAACUACAGAUUGGUUCCUCUUCAAAAGGAAGAGUUUAGUCUUGAUGAACAUAAGAUUUACUUCUAGCGCUGAAGGCUUGUCGCGUAAGUCAAGAAAUAAUUUUCUCAGGAAAUGUUACAACGGCUCCAUCAGAAAGGGAAAAGCACACACUGACAGAUCUUAGCCUGCUGGUGAGGGUAUAUGCAUACUGAGUUGCAAGACGGAUUUGAUUCAAGCCUUUUCGCCUUACUGGCUAUGUACUGCUGUAUGUAAUCCUACAAGUUGUUCGUUUUGUAAACGUUUGUGUGACUUUAAGUAAGAGAAAUGGCAACAUUAAGUACAGGGGAAUAACACUGAUUCUUCAACAUGUCUGCAUAAAUAAAGAUGUGAACAGUCAUUCAGAGCGAUUUGAUGUGGAAUGGUGUAUUUUAGAGCUUAGGGUGUCAGUAUGGCUCAUGGUGGAGGUGAUAGGAACCAGAUGUCUGAAGAGUUUAAUGCCUCUAAAAGCUACUUCAUCGGAAGCUAAUUCCUGAAAUUGAUGCAAACAGGCUGCCUGAUGCCUGAGACAUUGUUUCUUUGAUCAUAAACCUUUUUUAAGCCGUUCAUACAUUUUGGAUAGCAAGUAAAAGGGCUAUAUUUGCAAGGCACUGGUUCCUAUCAUCACCGUUUAAUGAAGCGGGAGUCAGUUAGUAUCUGACUCAACCAUUAAACUGUCGUCUUUAAAAAUAGAUGGAAUUCUCUUUGAACAAAAUAAGAGAAACAAUAAUGUUAGGUUAACCAACAAAACCCUAACCCUAACCCAGUCUUGCACUAUAGCACAUGUUUCUGUCUCAGCUUUGGAGAACAGAUUUGACACACCAUUUGUGAAUAGCUUGAAAUGACAAUGGGAAAUGUAUUUCGAGAUUUCAGUGGUGUGUACUGUGUAUCUAAUUACACAAGUAACUAAUUUGUACUAGGAGAGGACUAUGCAGAAUUGACAAGUAAAAAAUUGUACACAUAAAAUUCACUAAAUCUUCUACAUUCGGCCAGGGGUGGGCACCUUUGGUUUUCUUUGGCAGGAUGAAUUUGUUUACAAUUCAGUAUCAUUGACUUUAACAGUACUUCACCAUCAUACAAGAGAAACAGAGUGUAGGUCACAUUGUUAUGCAACAGGUAAUGAAUGUGCUGAAUUCACAAUUCAAUAAAAGGCCACUAUAAAGGCCAUCUCUGCAUUUAUGUUCAUGCACAGACUUUUGUAUAACAUUAACAUAAUAAAAUGAAAUAAAUUUAACUUAAAAUUAUGAUG